CGACGACGAGCUCUGCGGCAGUUAGAUGUAAUACGUUCCGGGCGUUGGAUGGUUGAGGGAUGAAGCGAAUCGUUCUUUAGUUUGCGUAUCGGAAGCCUUUUUUAUCCUAUGUUUUUUACGUAAGUUUUCUGUUAUUUUGCCGAAAACCUCAUUCUGGUCGAUGAACUAGUUUUAAUCAGUUUAGCUGCGUGAACGUCGACGAUAAAUCAGGAUUUUGUAGCCCGUCGUUGAGUUAGUUUUGUAUCGGAAGAUGAAAACAUAGCUGUAUUGAUUACUCACAAUUAUUCUUUAAAUGACUGAUUCUUGGAGAAAGUAGAACACCGAGCUGACGUGGAAUAUUCGAGUGUUUACUUCUCUCGUAGGUGUUCCAGUUUGGAACUGUUAAGGUUUGUAGUGACCUACUCAGAAGCUACGUCUACGUUCAAUUAUUAGGUGGCUGGAGCGCGAGGAUGGUUUUGAGCGACAACAAUAUAAUGGAAGCUAAUGAGGAGACGCCGUUGAAACCGCCUGCUAAAGUGAGGGUAACCUUUUACGAGUCGCAGAAACCCAAUUUCGUCACCACCCCCGAGUCUCCAGACGUUCCUUUCGACUUGAUCGUUCCUCCAAACAUGGCUUCACCGCCGGGAACGGAAGAGCCACCUCACGAUCACCAGCAGAGCACCGAGAGUGGUCUGGACAACCCCUUUCGGCCAGAUGGUGAACUCAGUCGCGAAGCAGAGACUAUCGUUAGUCUUAUCAAGGAGGGAAAGCCCAUUACUCCGACCAAGAUGGAGACAGAUGAUUCUGGGCUUGGUGAUGUAACUCAGUCUCCUGAAGAUGUCCAGGAGCCACUUGUUUCUCCUGCCGAAGCCAAUAAUCUAAACGCUGCCAAACCUGAUGUCAAUGGAAGAGCCCCGACAGAUAAAACACCCACUGUUGUUGAAGUGCAGCAUGGACUUGUUGCCCCUCCAACAGAGGCCCAACAGGUUGAACCAGUAUUGAUUCAGAAGAAGAAGCCAAAGGGCAAAUGUUGUGUGAUCCAGUAGAGACCGGGAGUAAAGUUGAUCAUUACCAAAUGAUGGUGUGCAAGCUAUUGGCAAUGGUGACAGCCCUGUAUAUGAGUUGGGGGGGGGGGGGGGUACAGUUUGUAUACACUUUGUUUAACCAAGCGUACUAACACAUUUUUCAACGGCUGCUUGGUGUGUUCUUCUUACCAGCUAAAUAGCUACAUCUUCAUUCUUAAAUCAGAACUGUUAGGGUUAACAAGAUUCAUUUUGAGUUUACUUCAGCUGGAUAGGAACUUUAUUUUAUCGCCUUUCACUAUAUAUAUAUAUAAACACAUCAUAUGCCCUGGCUUUUCUUUUGAUGUAAUAUCUUAGAUAUUGUCAUUGUGUGAUGUGUCAGCUUCUGUGCCUUUCUUCUGGUCUGAUGGUAGUUCAGUCGGACUUUGGCGUCCUCUAGCGUGAACAUGGACACAGUCUAAUGGGACUCGGAUUUAGGUCGUUAGCUCUUAUCAUGUAAAACAGAAAAAAUUAAUGGCGACUUCAUGCUGAGAGAAUAAACAUGAAUAGACUAGAUUUUUAUAUUUCACACAUUGCUUCUUACACGAUUAAAAAGUGACGUAAAGACUUCCAAAUCACGUGAAUGAUACACAGGUAGUCUUACUUGAAGAUUCAAACUGCUCCAGGGUUUAGCAGAAGUUUUUCCCUCUGUAUUACUUCCACCCACAUCAUAAGAUACAUAAAAAUUAACUUAAUAGUCAGGAUUUGAUUUACCCAGUAAAAAGAAAUAUGAGUCUCCCACCCGAGAGUCAAAAAUAUUGGAAACGUUUCUUUUUUUUACGAAAUUCUUAGCUCUUCUGAAAACAUAUCCAUUAUGGUAAGUGACACUAGUUGGUCUUUUAAACAUUAAACUUCUGUAAAAGUUUGUUGUGUCUUAACGAAGGAAUCUUGAAAACAUAAAGACUUGAAUUUUAUAAAUGUUUCGAUUCAGUAAUAGGCAUUUAUCGGAAUAAACGUAGCUGACUACCGAGUGGUUUCCCGUGGAGAUGUUACCCAAACAAUGAUAGUGGUGUACUUUGACUUUUAUUUUUUCUUCAGUCAGGUUCGACUUUUCUAGAAUAUUUGUGUAAAGAUAGUUUUUCUAUUAUCCUAUUUGUACUUCAGAAGUUUAUCUCUGAAUAUUAUUUUCAAUUAUUUAAAAACGACAAGUUCAGAUGGAUUUGUAAGGUAAUGACGAACUAGCGCAUAUCUAUACCAUAGACUGCCUAGAAGGGAUGUUAGCUUAGGUGUUUGGUUCUUUUUUAGGCAUGUGGUCAUAGUUAUACAGAUAUGUGUCGUACAUUAAAUAAUUUUCUUGUAUAUAUUGUAUGACUUUUAGCCAAUAUCCCCUCUUGGCCGUCUUGCAGAAAUCAUGUACUUCAAUAAAAAAGAAUAAAAUAAAUCAUUAAUAAAUUUUCCUGGCAA